UGUGUGCCCACAAAAGUGGAAAUAAAAGGUUAAUGAUGGGUGCAGUAACGGUGUUUCAUCGGUAGGGGGCGCAUGGGGAUUCAGAGCUGCCUGUUGCUCUGUCGUUUCUCAUAAGUUGAGAAAAUGGAGUAACACACAGACUGCGUCUCCCGUGUGCUCACACAAAUGCUGUUUUUCAGGUGGGGAUAACCCUCAAUGUUUAUGUUAAAGUAUUUUAUUAUUCUAUACUGUUUGGGAAAUGUUUGGGAAAAUGUAUAAAUGGGUUGAGAGAGAUAGGACGGGUUUUGUUGUGUUUCGGGGUCAGCAGCGGCUGGAGGAGGUAACCAGCAGACCGUGAUGCUAGUGGGUUAGCACUGUAGCGGCGGGAAAGAGCGGGCUAGUGGGGAUAUGUAUGUAUAUAUGUAUGUAUGUAUGGAGUGAGUGUUGUACUGUUUUCAGGUUCCACGGUUUGUUUGUGUUCUGGACAGUUUUGGAGGUUUAGGCAGUGAUUUAAUGUAUCCACUUGAAGUGUUUAGCGUUCAAAGGUAUUUAUGCCAGUGCAGUAGCUUAAUAUACAUGCCCAUGAAAUGUCGCCGUGUGUGAUUGAGUAUGCAUGUAGAGUGCAGUGAAUUGAAGAAAUAUGUUUAUGAGUGAAUAUGUCUAAAUAGACUAUAAAUACAGUGAACCGCUGAACUGUGAACUGGGAUGUAUUGAUGGUGGAAUGAGCUGGUUUGUUUAAUAAAUAAGUUGAGAAAAUGGAGUAACACACAGACUGCGUCUCCCGUGUGCUCACACAAAUGCUGUUUUUCAGCUUCAUCAUCGGCUGCUAACGGGUCUGGAACCCUGGUACCCGUUACAGUUUUGGGGGCUCGUCCGGGAUCCUACUCCCUGCCAGACUGGGAUGCGGUUCCAGUGAUACAGAUGCUGUGGACCUCAUACAUUCCAUCGUUCAUCUCAGCGGAUGAGGAAAGCGUCUUACCCUGUCCACCGUUGAAGGAAAAGACAAAGAGAGAAAGGGCUUCAGGACUUUGAGAGGUGUAGUCAACUGCUGGAAGAAGGAACAGUUAUGGCAGACGGUGAGAGGAAAAGCUUGGUGUGGUCCAUCAAGAAGGACUUGCUCAACCUACCUGCAGAUGAACUGUUCCAGAUUGCCAGGUCAGUGAGUGCCGUUGCAGAGGUGGAGCCGCUUCGUCCUGAGUCUGCAGAUGAAGAGGAUUGUUACGAGUACAUCACCAGUUUUAUGAGCAGCAAGACUUUGCUAGAGUCUGAGGACACUGGCAUGGCUCAUUUGUUAGAGUUAAGGGACCUUGUGGAUGCAGCCAUUCAGGGUCAUGCAUCUCAACUACAAAUGCAGCGUCCGGAUGCCAGGAUUACACAGGUUCCUUUUGUAAAUCCACAAGGUCAUGAUGCUGAUUUGAAGGACAGUCAAGCUAAGGGUUCUGUUGACCCUGUGGUAACAUUUCAAAAUGAUCUUCCUACUGUAAGUGAUGUAAAUGCAGAUAAACAAGGAAUAUUGGUGGCUAGUGAUGUGGGAAGCACUGACAUACAGAAAUUACUUGCUAGUUGUGAAGAGCUUAGCAAGCAGGUCAGGCAGUACAUACCCACCACUCACUCACAGUCUGCAUUACAUCCACCAGAAAAAUCACAGAUUAAGUUGCAGAACACAGAGAGCAGAGACAAAUUAAACACACCUCUGGUUCAAGACGGCCUGAUCUCAUUAAGAGAUCUCUCCUACCUUCAUCGUAGAGAGUUUAAAAUACAGGGAGGCCAAAUUGGAGACCAGGGGUCAGACAUUAACUACAACAACAUUUGUCGCCAGAUUGAUGAAGGAUUAAGGGAUCAGUUCAGUGACACAGAAAUUGUGAGGGCGGUCCUCAGAGUUAUCAAACCUGGAAAUUUUAAGGAGAUGUUAAUGAAUAAGGACGAUUUGACAGUAGAAGAACUGAAAGGCUUCCUACACUCCCAUCUUGGUGAGCAAAGCAACACAGAGUUUUUCCAGGAGCUCAUGUGUACCAAACAAAGGGACAAUGAAACACCCCAACAAUUUCUGUACAGAGUCAUUGGGCUUAAGCAAAAAAUCAUAUUGGCUUCAAAACAUGCCGAAACAGAUGUUAAGUACAGCCCAAGCACAGUUCAAGACAUUUUUAUUCAUACUGUGUACCAAGGCCUUGGGCACAAGCAUGAUGAUGUUCGCAGAGAACUGAAACCCCUUCUAGCUGACCCUGGUGUAACUGACGAGGCAAUACUACGACAGAUGAGGAAAAUAAUGAGUGAUGAGAAUGAAAGGCAGAAACGUUUGGGGUCAGCUCCUCGCCAGAGACCCACAAAUUUACACAGUGUUCAGGCUGAGGCAAAUGCCGCCCAGUAUCCAAGUGCAAAAGAGGGUCUAGGCAGAACACCACAAGCUGAUGGGGUCCAACAACUAAAAGAAAAAGUUGAAAAACUCACCACGCUUGUUGAGUCACUACAAAAAUUAACUCAACAACAAGCAUCUGAACCAAAUAAUCAGCCACCAAGACAUAACAGGGUCAAGCAAACGGGAAGACGGUAUGGCUGCAUGAAGUGUCUGGAGCAAAACCGUCCUGACUGUACCCAUUGUUUUCACUGUGGUGAGGAAGGUCACAAAGCAGUGGGCUGCCUCCAGAGACCAACACGUCAGGGAAACUGGAGCCGGUCCCUGCCGGGGGACAGACAGUGACCGGGCCCCAACAGUCCCUACAUGCAACAAACCAAAUUGGUGAGUCUGAACAACAACAUGCUGUACCCAUCUGUGUACCCACACAAGACCAGGGACCAAAACACCACAAACUCAGACAGUCAACCCACUUGACAAGCACAACCAGCCAUAACUCAUCAAACAGCAAAAGUGACCGUCUAGCCAAGCUCAUUGGGAGAAAAGCUUUAACCCAGUGUAGUUUAAAUGGUUUUGCUGUCACUGCUUUACUAGACACAGGUGCUCAGGUGAGCAUGAUCGAUAAAAGCUGGAAAGACAAAUACUUACCAGAAAUUACUGUCAAGCCACUCAGUGAAAUACUGGAUGAUGAAGAUGACCUAAAAAUCUGUGCCAUAGAUGGGGGUGUUAUCCCAUAUGAUGGCUGGUUACCCAUUACUGUUAAUUUGAUGGGAAACACAAAUCCU